AUGAAUCACACUGAUAAUUCGCCGUCAUCUUUAUGCACCAGAGAUGACGCCAGAAAAUUAAUAGACCCUAAUAAUUUAGUUGAAUUGGCACACUACGUUGAAAGUGCCAAUAGUUUUGUUAGUGCAAAUGCAUGUUCUCAACUUCGAUUAAUUGUUGAACAGAUGCAACAUUUAAAAUCUCAGGCAAAGGCUAUCAUACAAAACGCCCAUAGAGAUACUUUGUUACAUAAACUUCCCUGUAAUUUCAUAAAAAAACCCGGAAAUGUUUAUUAUGUGUAUGAGAAGCCAGAUGCUAGCCAGUAUUUUAGUCUGCUUUCACCCACGGAGUGGGAUGGCUGUCCACACAGAUAUAUUGGAGCUUAUAAACUUCUUUCUGAUAUGUCUUGGAUUUCUGAAGACGAUUUUGAUAACUACGAAUCUAAUCGCAAAUCAGAUCUCGCUUGGCCUUCAGUUCUAAUCCCGUUCGCUUACAUUGCUGCGUUUUUAUUAAUUUUAACUGCUGGUGCCACCUUGACUGCUGGAUUAGCAGACUCAGAUGAAUGGGACACAGCCAGUGUUGUUAGUUGCAUCUUUCCACUAAUAGUAACAACUGCAAUCGCAUGCACAACUAUACAACAGUACGUGGAUGGAUCUCUACCUAAAUCAAGCAUGUUAAUUAUGGGUAUUAUUAACAGUAUAAUAGCUUUUUUAUGUUUUAUCCACGGUAUUUUAUUAUGUGCUGAUUUUCGCUUAUGUAUAAAUGUAAAAGUUCAUGACUCGCUCCCAACAAUAGAAAUCCCCAUACCUAAAGUAACCUUAGAAGAUGGGUCUGUUUUAUUGGAUGAUGCUAAUUGUGUGAAUUCGAAUGAUGUCUGA